UGGGGCGUGGCCCGGAGCCGGGAGGAACCCUGGUAAGAGCCGCGUAGCCGGAGCCGGGAGGAACCGCUGUGCGCGCCGCCGUGUUUCCGGGCGGAGACACUCAGGGCGCGACGCUUGUCUGUUACCCACAGAGGCCCGCCGCCGCUGUGCCAGGCGCGGCCAUGAAGUUUCGGGCCAAGAUCGUGGACGGGGCCUGUCUGAACCACUUCACACGAAUCAGUAACAUGAUAGCCAAGCUUGCCAAAACCUGCACCCUCCGCAUCAGCCCUGAUAAGCUUAACUUCAUCCUUUGUGACAAGCUGGCUAAUGGAGAGGUGAGCAUGUGGUGUGAGCUGGAACAGGAGAACUUCUUCAACGAAUUUCAAAUGGAGGGUGUCUCUGCAGAAAACAAUGAGAUUUAUUUAGAGCUAACAUCGGAAAACUUAUCUCGAGCCUUGAAGACUGCCCAGAAUGCCAGGGCUUUGAAAAUCAAACUGACUAAUAAACACUUUCCCUGCCUCACGGUCUCCGUGGAGCUGUUAUCUAUGUCAAGCAGUAGCCGCAUUGUGACACAUGACAUCCCCAUAAAGGUGAUUCCUAGGAAAUUGUGGAAGGACUUACAAGAACCGGUGGUCCCAGAUGCUGAUGUUAGUAUUUAUUUACCAGUCUUGAAGACUAUGAAGAGUGUUGUGGAAAAAAUGAAAAACAUCAGCAAUCACCUUGUUAUUGAAGCAAAUCUAGAUGGAGAAUUGAAUUUGAAAAUAGAAACUGAAUUAGUAUGUGUUACAACUCAUUUUAAAGAUCUUGGAAAUCCUCCAUUAGCCUCUGAAAGCACCCAUGAAGACAGAAAUGUGGAACACGUGGCUGAAGUGCACAUAGAUAUUAGGAAGCUCCUACAGUUUCUUGCUGGACAACAAGUAAAUCCCACAAAGGCCUUAUGCAAUAUUGUGAAUAACAAGAUGGUACAUUUUGAUCUGCUUCAUGAAGACGUCUCCCUUCAGUAUUUCAUCCCUGCACUGUCCUAGCACCCUGUCGCUGAAGUUGGCAUGCAGAGACUUUGUCAGGAUGGGAGAGGCCGUAGGCGUUGUGUUCUGAUCACUGGUCUGUGUCCUCACAGCACCGCACAUCGACACGCUGUACUUACUUGUCCCUCUCUAACAUUUUAACUAAAAGUUGGUUUAACAACACACAGUUGGAUAAACAUAUCACUUCAUGUUGCUCAUGUCUGUUUUGUUUUGUUUUUAAGACACUGAAAAGCUAGAAUUUAUUUAUUCAGACUUUAAAGAACAAUUUCUCACUGAUAUUGUGAAAAUCCUCAUGUAUUUAGAUGGUGUAGUAGCCAGAAUUCGUAAAGCUGUUGCCUGGGAGCUUGGUACUUUCCCUCCAGGCAGAGGCUGUAGCUCAGCACGGCCUGUAGCGCACAGUUAGUCUUGCAUUGCAGUGUGUUCACCCUGCUUGCUCCUGCCCCUUGGAGCCCAGUGACAGAAAGGACAGCCUCUGUCACCCCACCGCCACUGCCUUGGUUACUCAGAGCGCUGUGGGGUGUCACAGCUGCAGCAUUUGGAGUCUGUCUCUUGCUGAGGACUCAAGCCCACCUGAGUCCACUCCCCUCUUUUGAUGCCUGGAGAGCUGGCCCAGCCAACACAGCUCUUAGCUGGGAGCUCCUUCUGCCAUUCCAAUUAGUUUCUUCCUGGGGACAGUUUUGGGUUUAGGUUGUAAUUCCUUAUAUUUCUUUCUUCCACAGUGCAUCGGAUCUGUCGUUCUGGAAAGAAGACUCUUCUAUUUAGAGUAAAAACAAACGAAACUUCUAAGGUAUCAUCUAUGUUAAGUGAUGAGACCAUAUUUCUUUGAUGUUUCUGAACAUCAAAGCUGAUUCAGUACUGGUAGAUGUGCUCAUUCUCCCUGAACAUACCCAUCAUAUUUCCUAUUAUAAUUACAUCUCAUUGUCCUGUGGAGGUGGACAUGAUAAACAUUAUCUUUUGUUUUUUUGUUUUGUUUGAGACAGGGUCUCCCUCUGUCACCCAGACUAGAGUGCAGUGCCACAAUCAUGGCUCACCGCCUUGACCUCCUUGGAUCAAGGCAUCCUCCCACCUCAGCUUCCUGACUAGCUGGGACUACUGGUGUGUGCCACCACACCCAGCUAAUUUUUAAUUUUUCGUAGAGACAGGGUCUCACUGUGUUGCCCAGGCUGGUCUUGAACUCCUGGGCUCAAGACACCUGCCCACCUGGGCCUCCCAAAGUGCUGGGAUUACAGGCAUUAGCCAUCACACCCAUCCAUAAACAUUAUGUUAAUGUCACAUUACAAAACUGAGACCUAAGUUACUUAGGAUAAGAUGAAAUGGAAGACUUUCUAACAUGAAAAUUUAUAUUUUGGCUUUUUCAUGUUUUUUGGUAAAGCCAGUGUAUUUGAAUGAUUCUUUUGAUGUUUAAUAAUGGUUUUUUUGUUUGUUUUUUUUUUGAGUUGGAGUCUCGCUCUGUCACCAGGUUAGAGUGCCAGUGGCACGAUCUUGGCUUACUGCAACCUCCGCCUCCCAAGUUCAAGCGAUUCUCCUGCCUCAGCCUCCCAAGUAGCUGCUACUACAGGCACAUAGUAGUUACCACGCCCGGCUAAUUUUUGUAUUUUUAGUAGACACGGGGUUUCACUAUGUUGGCCAGGAUGGUCUUGAUCUCUUGACCUCGUGAUCCACCCGCUUUGGCCUCUCAAAGUGCUGAGAUUACAGGCAUGAGCCACCACGCCUGGCCUAUGUUUAAUAAUGUUUAAAUAGGAUGGAAUAUUUUAUUAAAUUAACAUUUUAAAAUUAGAAGACACCAUUUUGAUUUUUAAACCCUUUCUCCUCUCGUAACAAAAUUCCAGCUGCAGUGAGAAAACUUAAAAAUCACGAUACAAAAUGAAACAAUAUCUGAAAGUAGUUUUAUAAAACUGAAAUUGCUGUUAAAGAGAAUGUAUUAGUGACUUAACCAUUUGCUCUAUAUGAUGUUUAUUAUCAAAUACACAGAAGUUUGAAGAUUUUAAUGAAUGGCCUAAGACUUUAUCUUUGUGUAGAAUGUGGCUAAAGAAACCUUAGUUGAGAUUCAAGAAGUUGGUGUCUGUUUCUGAUUCUUAUCACAACUUGCUACUUAGUGUCUACCAAGUCCUCCACCUCUUUGCUCCUCAAAGAGCUGUGAAAAAUGAUGGCAGGAGCCGGUACAAAACCACAGACUUAGAGAAGGGCACAGAAAUGGCAAUUUAAUCCAUUUAGAGGAAUGAAUAUAAUUUGAAAAAUUAACUUAUUUCAAGACUGACAUCUCAAAGUGUUGAGACCUUUUUUAAAAUAGCUUUCUGGAUUUUGAGACAUACUUUUACUGGCUGUGAUUUAUAAGAAUUUGUGGUUUGUGGAGUACUUUCCUAAAUGCCAGGGUGAAAUAAGGCAGUCCCAUGCCUUGCCUGCCCUGGGCUCAGCCUCACUUCCUUUUGGUAGGCACAUCUUUUCUCUCCUCCCUUGUUCUGCUCUCCCCCAGCAUAUACCUCCUAGCCCCAGGCAAUUACUUGUCUAAAAUCUAUCUCUAUAUAUUUGCCUAUUCUGGUUUUUAGCUUUUUUUUUCCUGAGGGAGACAGGGUCUGGCUCUGUCCCCCAGGCUGGAGUGCAGUGGUACAGUCACUGCUCACUGCAGUCUCAAACUCCUGGGCUUAAGCAGUCCUCCUGCCUCACCCUCCCAAGUAGCUGGAACUACAGGUGUGUGCCACUGUGCACAACUAAUUUUUUUUUUUUUUUUUUUUUUGAGACAGAGUCUUGCUCUUUCGCCCAGGCCAGAGUGCAGUGGUGCGAUCUCGGCUCACUGCAAGCUCCGCCUCCCGGGUUCACGCCAUUCUUCUGCCUCAGCCUCCCGAGUAGCUGGGACUACAGGCACCUGCCACCGCGCCCGGCUAAUUUUUUGUAUUUUUAGUAGAGAUGGGGUUUCACCGUGUUAGUCAGGAUGGUCUCGAUCUCCUGACCUCAUGAUCCGCCCGCCUCGGCCUCCCUAAGUGCUGGGAUUACAGGCGUGAGCCACCGCGCCCGGCCCUGCACAACUAAUUUUUAUAUUUUUUGUAGAGAUGAGGUUUUGCCACGUUGCCCAGGACUCCUGGGCUCAAGCAGUCUGCCUGCCUCAGCCUCCCAAAGUGAUAGGAUCACAGCCAUGAGCCACCACACCCAGCAAUUCUUUUUAUCCAAGAAUUUUAUCAGCUCAGUUUUGAAGUCAUUCUGUGCCAUAUCGGAGACACUUAAGAAUUUCCCAUUCCAGUUGCCCCUGGCUAGCAUCCAAGUGGCCCUGCCGUCCUCUUCCAGCCCUUCCUUGGCCCAGCAGGGAACUGCUUAGCCAUCAAGUCUGUAGGCUGAGUUUACAGUGAGGGACUGCCUGGUGUGAAGGAGCCCACUCUUGGGGACCUAGAAUGUGGCCUCAACAGUAGUCUUGGGGCUGGAAUUCUGCUUCAGCCUCUAGGCAAAGGUGUUUAAUGACAUUCAUGUUCUUAGUGUGUGUUGCCAAUUUAUCAAAGCAUCCAUCGUUUUGAAGAGAUAACAAUUCAGUACUUUUAAAACAGCUGUAUUGAGAUAUAAUUCACAAAUCACACAAUUCAACCAUUUAAAAUAGACUGUCUAGUGGUUUUUAGUAUGUUCUCAGAGUUGUACAACCAUCACCACUAUCAAUUUUAGAACAUUUUCAUCACCCAAUAGAGAAACUUCUUAACCAUAAAUAAUCAUUUUUCAUUUUUCUCUCCUCCCUUAUUCUGCUCUCCCCCACCAUAUACCUCCUGGCCCCAGGCAAUUACCUGUCUAAUAUCUGUCUCUAUAUAUUUGCCUAUUCUGGGUUUUAGCUCUUUUUUUUUUUCUUGGGGGAGACAGGGUCUGGCUCUGUCCCCCAGGCUGGAGUGUAGUGGUACAAUCACGGCUCACUGCGGUCUCAAACUCCUGGGCUCAACCAAUCCUCCUGCCUCACCCUCCCAAGUGGCUGGAACCACAGGUGUGUGCCACUGUGCCCGACUAAUUUCUGUAUUUUUUGUAGAGAUGAGGUUUUGCCACAUUGCCCAGGCUGGUCUCAAACUCCUGGGCUCAAGCAGUCUGCCUGCCUCAGCCUCCCUAAGUGCUAGGACCACAGGCAUGAGCCACCACACCCAGCAAUUCUUUUUAUCUAACUGUAAUUAUAUAUCGUUGACCAGGAUCUCCCUUACCCGCUGCCCCCAAACACUUAAGCAUCUGGUAACCACCAUUCUACUCUCUCCUAUGAGAUUUGCUUUUUUAGAUUCUAAAUAUAAGUGAGAUCGUGCACUGUCUGUGCCCAGCUUAUUUCACUUAACAUAAUAUUCUCCAGGGGUUCAAUCAUGUGGUUGCAAAUGACAAGAUUUUGUUCUUUUUUUUUCGCUGAAUAGUACUCCAUUGUUAUGUCCAUUUUGUUUAUCUAUUCAUUUCUUGAUGGUCACUUAGGUUGCUUCCAUAUCUUGGCUAUAGUGAGUAAUGCUACAGUGGACAUGGGAGUGCAAGAUGUCUUUUUGAUGUACUGAUUUCAUUUCCUUUGUGUAAAUACCCAGUUGUGGGAUUGCUGGAUUGUAUGGUAGUUCUAUUUUUAAUAUUUUGAAGAACCUCCAUACUGUUUGCCUUAAUGGGGAUACUAAUUUACAUUUCCUCUAACAGCGUACAGAAGUUUCCUUUUCUCCACAUCCUUGCCAACACUGCUGUCUUUUUUUUUUUUUUUUUCCCAAGAAAGGCCCAAACAAAGCUAAUCUUUUAUCUUGUUGGUAAUGGCCAUUUUAACUGGUAUGAGGUGACUGAGGUGGUAUCUCAUUGUGGUUUUGAUUUUCAUUUUCUUGAUGAUUAAUGAUGUUGAACAUUUUUUCAUAUACCCAUUGGCCAUUUGCUUGUCUUUCGAGAAGUCUAUUCAGGUCUUUUGCCCAUUUUAAAAUAGGGUUAUUUGUUUUCUUACUAUUAAGUUGUUUGAGUUCCUUUUAUAUUUUAGAUAUUAAACCUUUGUUGGAUGUAUAGUUUGCAAAUAUAAUAUUUUCUCCCAUUCGAUAGGUUGUCUCUUCGCAGAAGCUUUUUAGUUUGAUGUAGUUUGAUUUGCCCAUUGUUUGCUUUUGUUGCCUGUGCUUUUGAAGUCUUGUUCAUAAAAUUCUUGCCCAUAUAAAUGUAAUGAAGGAUUUCCCCUGUGUUUCCUCUAGCAGUUUUAUAGUUUCAGGUCUUACAUCUGUGUCUUUAGUUCAUCUUGAGUUGAUUUGUGUAGAUGGUGGGAAAUAAGGGUUUAAUUUCAUUCUUCUGCAUAUGGAUUUUCAGUUUUCCCAGCAUCAUUUAUAGAAAGACUGUCCUUUCCUUUCAAUAAGUGUGUGUUCUUGGCACCUUUGUUGAAUAUCAGUUGGCUGUAAAUGUGUGGAUUUAUUCCUGGGUUCUCUGUUCCGUUGAUCUAUCUGUUUUUAUACCAGUACCAUACUGUUUUUAUAACUUUAGUUUUAUGGCAUAUUUUGAAGUCAGGUAUUAUGAUGCCUCCAGCUUUGUUCUUUUUGUUCAAGAUUACUUUGGCUAUUCAAGGUCUUUUGUGGUUACAUACGAAUUUUAGGAUUUUUUUUCUAUCUCUGUGAAGAAUGUCAUUGGUAUUUUGAUAGGAAUUGCACUGAAUCUGCAGAUUGCUUUGGACAGUAUGAACAUUUAAGAAAUAAUUCUUUCAAUCCAUGAACACAGGAUAACUUUCCAUUUAUUUGUGUCUUCGGUUUCUUUCAUCAGUGUUUUAUAGUUUUCCUCCUAGAGGUUUUUCACCAUGGUUAAGUUUAUUUCUAGAUAUAUAUAUAUAUAUUUUUUUUUGUAGCUAUUGUAAAUAGGAUUUUCUUGAUUUCUUUUUCGUAUAGUUCACCAUUAAUGUAUAGAAAUGAUAUGGUUUAUGGCCGUAAUCCCAGCACUUUGGGAGGCCAAGGCAGGUGAGUUGCUUGAGCUCGCGAGUUUGCGACCAGCCUGGGCAACAUGGCAAAACCCUUUCUCUACAAAAAAUACGAAAAUUAGCCAGGUGUGGUGGUCCCAACUACUUGGGAGGCUGAGAUGAGAGGAUUGGUUGAGCCCAGGGGGUUGAGGCUGCAGUGAGCUGUGAUUGCAACACUGCACUUCAGCCUGGGCAACAGAGUGAGAUCUUGUCUCAAAAAAAAAAAGAAAUAAUACUAGUUUUUGUGUGUGGGUUUGUAUCCUGAAACUUUACUGGAUGUUUUUUAGUUCAAACAGUUUUUUUGGUGGAGCCUUUAGGAUUUUCUACACUUAUGAUCAUGUCAUCUGUAAACAGGGACAGUUUAACUUCCUCCUUUCCAAUUUGGAUGCCUUUUCUUUCUCUUGCCUAAUUGCCUAAUUACAGCAUGUUCCUAUUCUGUAAAUGUUCAAUGAACUACAGAAUGAUUCUUGGGUAGUUAAUUUUGUCAAUGUUGAUGAACUCUUUUCCUUCUCUGAAAGCAGCUACUUAGAGAUUUCAAUUCUGCGUGGCAAUUUGCAGCAUUUCUAGUGGUACUGCUCCACAUUUUACGGCUUUAUGAAGAAGGUGUUUACUUUUUUUGAAAUUACCUUGAGACGUUUCAAACCGUGCAAAAGAUAGAUGCACAAAAGCAAAUGUCUUGCAGUUUGCCAUAGCCACUAAUGCAUCAUCUGGCUCUUGAAUAGCUUUUAAUUCAGCUUUUAAAUCUCAGUUGAAUUUGAGCAAAACCUUCAUCUUCAUAUGUAUCUGGACAAAUUACUUCAAUUGCUUGAUAGUAAUGACCAAUCAAUUUAUUUAAAAUAGUAUAAUUUAGUAGGACAGUGUUUUUCUCUGGUUUGAGCAACGAAUUCAGCCAGUCCUCCGGGUUGUUCAUCAUCAUCAUCAUUUGGUUAUCAGUUCCUGAGUUAUUUUUACCAGGGAGUUUUAUACCUUUAGACAGCUAUUUUGAAUUAUCUCAGGAAUAUCAUAUAUCUCUGCCUCUUUAGAGUCAGUCACUGGCACUUUGUCUGUUUGGUGACAUCAUGUUUCCCUGACUGUUCUUCAUCUUUGUAGUUAUACAUUGAUAUCUGUGCAUUGAAUAUGUAGGUAUUUAUAAACAGUCUUUGCAAUCUGGCUUUGUCUGUGAUUGUCCUUGUACAGUAGGUCUGUCCAGAAAUUGUAAGCAUACUGUCUUUUUUGGUCUUUAAGCCCGUGAGCGCUACAGCCCGUGUAGUGCCAAAUGGUGCCCUAAGCCCAGGUUCCCUGCAGUCCGCUCUGUGAUUUGUUUGUUGAUUGCUGUGAGCCCCACCCCCAUUCUUUGUUUCUAAUUUACACCUAGCAGGCUAACCCUGCUGGCAUCUGCAGUGCUUCCAGUGGGAAAGGACCAUAGUGUACCCCUGUGAAGAGUCUCAGAAUGGUGGGGAAGGUGAAUGCCCACCUCCCGCUCUUUUUUCCACUGUAGAAACUGUGAUUCCAGAGAAAUUCUCUAAGUGGGGUGUCAUGAUCAAACAGAACCAUUCUCUUUACCCUCUGAUCAUGGUUUUUCUUGGCUCUGUGGUCCAGUGAGUUGUCACAGCUUCACUCCCAAUUUCUGGGAUAUUCAGGGCAAUAAUCUUGCCACUGGGUAUUUGCUAGUUGAAAUUAUGUGGUGGGGAGAGAAGCCAGGAACUUUCACUCCAUUUUGCUGAUGUCACUCUCGAAUUCUGUACUUUCAUAUGGAUUGUAAUAGGGAGGGUCUAAACGGAAGCUUCAGUUUUGGAUUUUUAGAGCUUCUUGUAAGUACAAUUGUUGAAUCAAGAGAUAAAAAAUGGUAUGUUGUAGCUGGAAAUACCCUGAGAUUAAAAAGGAGAUAAAUUAGCCCCAUUGGGACAGUGCUAUUGGGAAUUGAAUUGAUACCACUCUCCUGGAGUCUAGUCUAGUAUUUAUUUUACAUGGAAUGCCUGGAAAGAUGUGUGUCUCCUUUGACUCAAUACUUAUAGGGAUUUACACAAAGGUUAUAAUCAAAGAUGUUCUAGAACUGUUAUACUGGAAAAACACGAAAUAUUCUAAUUAUGAAUUAAUUGGGGAUUGGUUAAAUAAACUAUGGUUUGAUAUGCUCUAAAAAAUAAUGUUACAGAAAAAAGUGUACUGAUAUGGCAAAAUGUAUAUGACUUAUAGUUAAAAAAGCAGGUCAGAUGUUGAUAGAUACAGUAUGAUAGAAAAAGAUCAGGAAGGUAUAUGCUGACAUUUAAAUCUGCAUAUUUAUGAGUGUUUUUAUUUCAAUGUUUGUACCUACAUUUUCUAAAAAUUGUAUUACUAUCUUUGUAAUAAAGUAAAUUAUUUUUAAGGGACUAAAUAAUAAA